CUACGCACGGUCACACUCUUCUGUGUAUCAGAGCUGUUGUUGAUUUUUUGUGCAGAAAACUCUUGGCUUCCCCGUGUUUUCCGGCUGCCCCACAGCCUUGCAUUGUGUAAUUCGAGCGCUGGCCAUAGAGUCCCGCAAUCCCAGGAGCGCUGAGAGAGGGGAGCAGGAGCAGGAGAAGGAGCGGAGCGGAGAAGGGCAGUCGAUGGACUACGAGAAGUUGAACGCAGGCGGAGGCGGAGGCAGUUCAGCCGGCGGAGGCAGCGGCAGUGGCGCCGAACAGGAUCUGGCCAUGUGCGGGGGUCAGGAGAUGCUCGAGGGCAGGGCCAAGGAGAAGGCGCGCCGCUACUGGACGCCCAGCGAGGAGGAGCGCCUGUACGAGAUCUGGGGCCGCGACAACUGGCGGCUGACGCGCACCGGCAAGAACACAAUUUUCUUUGGCCGCUGGGCCGAGGAGCUGCGCGAGCGGUUCGCCGUGGACGUGAAGCCCGAGGAGAUCCAGAUGAAGGUUAACCAGACCAGAGCCAAGUUCAGGCAGGUGAAGAAACAGCUGCAGGCAGACCCUUCCAGCUAUGCCACGCGCUGGAAGAAGUACGACAUCAUCAACCGCAUCCUGAAGAACCUGCACAGGCCCAAGAACGCGGAUCCGCUGCCGCCGGAGGCGUUGCUCAACAAUCGCGACAUGACGCCGCCCCGGGAGGAUGCGCAAGCGGAGCAACCACAGCAGCCACUUCAGCAGCCGGCUCACGCACCUGCCGCUGAGCCGCCCGCUGCCACCUUCUACAACAGCAACAGCAAUCACGGCAGCAGCCACAACAACAACAACAGCAGCGGCGGCGGAAUGAGCUUCAGCACGGAGCUGUUCACGGACCAGUACGACGAGGUGGUCAAGCAGGAGUACGAGGAUGACGAGUACCGCUCGUUGCCCUUCCAGGAGCAACUGCAACAGUAUUCGCCAGCCGAGCCGGCUCAGUUGCUCGAGCUGCAGACGCCGCAGCAACAGCAGCAGCAGCACCAACAGCAGCAGCAGUUCCAGCAGAGCUUCGAGCCGCAGUUUCAGCAGCAGCCGGCCCACUUCACCAACAAUCCCGGCAACAGCGUCGUGGCCACCUCGACCAUUAACCACCAGCCCAUCACGGCGGUAGCCUACAUAAAUAGCAGCAAUAACACCAUCAGCGUGGCCACAAACUCAAACGGCGGCAUGUCGGCGCCGGCUGCGGCUCCAGCUCCAGCUACAGCUCCUGCUGCGACUCCUACUCCUACCAAUCCGCCUGUCGUUGGCUCGUCCCCUGUGCCCGUGGCACGGAAGCGGGGUCGCCCCUAUGGAUCCGUGAAUCCGCCGCACGCCGACUCUCUGGAGGCGCUCUACAUGGAGGAGGUGCGGCGGAAGAACCAGCUACUCUACGAGCAGACAAAGAUCUGCCGCCAGCGCCUGGAGCUGGAGGAGCGCAAGGUGGACCUCAUGCAGACCUUCUUUCCCAAGUGUCUCGAGCAGCAGGCGCAGAUCCUGAGCCACGUCAUGCAGCUCCAGCGGCAGGAGCCGACCCACCAGCAACAUCAGCUUCCUACGGCUCAGCGGCCGCAGUGAGAACCUUUUCGGACUUAAGACCUCAAUUUUGGAUCGCAGUGCAUGGACAUUUGUUUUAAUAACCUGGUUUAUCUGUCUGUCAAUCAGUACUACAAAACCUAAUAGAAGCACGUGCAACACUGUUUGUAAGAUUAAUAAUAAACUUAAUUAAUAAAUAAAUAUAAAAUCAAGAA